AUAAAUUAGUAGGUACCUACUAUGUUUAUUUAAACAAGUUUAUAAACCUGCCUCAUUAUUUUAUUUAUUGAAUUUGGUGAUAAGUCCUCUUUUUGGCGUUUUCUUGUUUUUUAUUGAAUUUAUCUUGACAAGGCUUUGUAAGUUGUAGCUGAAAUUCUGAAGGCAUUAAUAAUGUCUGAUAGUGUAAAAAUUUUACGCAGAAAUAGACCCGGUUCCAAAGCAAAGGAUUUUUGCCGAUGGCCUGACCAACCAUUUGAAGAAAUGGAUAAUACUCUUGCUGUCCAACAAUUAAUACAGCAGACAAUACGUAAGGAUCCUUCUAAUUUGGUGGCCAUUCUGAAAAUGCCUGAAGCUCAAGAAGAAGGUGUUUGGAAAUAUGAGCAUUUAAGACAAUUCUGUAUGGAGUUAAAUGGAUUAACUGUGAUGCUACAAGGUGAAUGCAAACCUGAGAUCUGUACCCAGAUGACAGCUACUGAACAAUGGAUAUUUUUGUGUGCAGCACACAAAACACCCAAAGAGUGUCCAGCUAUUGAUUACACAAGACACACUCUAGAUGGAGCUGCCUGUUUACUAAACAGUAACAAAUAUUUUCCAAGCAGGGUUAGUGUCAGAGAUUCUUCUGUUGGUAAACUGGGCUCGGUUUGUAGAAGAGUUUAUAGAAUAUUCUCACAUGCCUAUUUCCAUCAUCGUUCAAUAUUUGAUGCAUUUGAAAAGGAGACACACCUUUGUAAAAGGUUUACUUACUUUGUCACAAAGUAUUCAAUCAUAUCUAAAGAAAUAUUGAUAUUACCUAACCUUGAUGACGAGGUGCCAAUCAAUCAGCCUGUGGGUGAAUCUGAAGCAUGAGACUUAAAAAUGGAGAUAUAUUAUGUGUAUCGAUCUCAAAGUAUUUGUAUUGUACGACUUUUUUCUUAUAUUAACAUUAUUAAAAAUUUUACAUAAAAUGUAGCAGAUAAUCAUUUUAGAUCUACUGUACUGUACCAGUUAGUCCAAUUAGAGACACUACAAUGACACCAGUAACCACUCUAAUCUCAUAUGUGGAGCUGUUAAAACUAAAGAAGCAUGAAUAUAGUAGGUAGGGGUAUACCUAUGGGUAUACCAAAAUCAAUGUGUCACUAAAAUAAGACUAUUGUAUCUGCUGACAGGCCCUUAUAUGUGAAUAAUUCAGCAUUUAAAAUAAUUAAUGAUGAAUGACAAAAGGUAAUGAAUACAAAAAAAUAUUUAUGAGACAAAACUAAACUUUCAAGAAAUGAUAUUAUAAUAAGAUAAUAGAAUAAGACAUUUUGUUAUUUACUGAAUGAAUAAAUGUAUUAAGAAUGACAAAGUA